CUGUGCUUCCCCUUCUGCAGCAGCUUUUGGCUUGUGUCUCUGCCUGACUUGUGCAGCCGGUGGCGGCACGGGGUGCGGGUCUGGGGCUGGCACUCCCGGGCUCCAGGGUUGGAGUGAAACUGGAGUUCAGGGAGGAGCUCCAGACAUGAAUAGUUCCUUGCUGUGUCUGCUCAGGGGCUAACUUUUCCAUCACAGCUUUCUUGCCUGUGCGCUGCCCUCUCCAAUAGUGUCUCCAACACCUUCUGCAUUUCCCUAAAAAGGACUUUUCACUGAAUCCUCAUUAUUUUGAGAGGUAUCAAUGAAGCUAAAGAUUUUAUAACUCGGCGUGGGAGGAUCUCCCAGCUGCAUCACAAAGUCCUGUCUGGACUGCUCUUCAGUGCCUAUUUUUUUUUUCAUUAAAAGCAAUAAAUAGUGCUUUUGUCCCGGGCAGACAGCUGUGUAGUGCCCUGAGCAUGAUCAGAGUGUUGUCCCUCAGGCCAUUGUACGCUUGGCCCUGGUGAUGUGUGUUUCCUUCAUGCCGCCCUGCUUGAAUUUCCUGCUUCCUCCUCACUUGGCAGCGAGUGCCCUUGGAUCAACACCAGUUUGCUGUGACAGCAAGUUGCAGACCGUUGUUCAAACAAGGGAACGGCAAGGAGCGGUGUUGCCUUGUCACAGCGUUCAGCGUCAAUGAAGCACAACCGAUACAGCCUCCAGCUCCGCUUCUCAGGUCUUCGGGAGGGUGCUGCAGCUUUGGCAGGGGCUCAGAAUCAAUUUUUGAGCAGAAUCAAUUAGGAAGCUGGAAAAUUGAACAUGAUGCUGGGAUAGAUUUGAGGUGCUCAGGCUGCUUAGUGUUGAGAUGGCUCGAUCGUGCACAGGGAGAGGAUUCAAUGAAGGGCUUCUUCACCAAGUGAAAAUGAGAUCUGGUUACCCAAAGCUGAGGCGUGUCACACUCAAACUGGAAACGAGCUGCAGAUUUCACUGAGAAAUUGGAACCCUUUGCCUUGGGCUGGAUUGGUUGGGUUUGCCUGAAAUCUUUGUUUAGGUUUGAGGAUGUUUCUGCAAGAGAUGUUGUAGUUUUACUUCAGAGAUAAAUCAGUGACGGGAUAUUCUUGACAAUGCUUUAACUUGGGUUAUGCCCAGAAUCUGACCCAGUGUUUCUGAGUAGCCACGCCUGCGCUUAAUGGUUUCAGGUCCCCGCUUAAAAAUGCACGAUGAUUUCAGUUGCUGUAAGCUAACUAUCUUCUCUGUCUUUCGAGGUGUCAAGGGUUGUUUUUCCAGUAAUUUGGACCUUUUUGAAGUGCCCGCUUUCCUAAUGCCAUGAAUAUUGCAGUGAACAAUGUGGAAGAAAAAGCUGUCCAUUCCUGGUCGAGAAUUUCCUCUGCAGGACAGAAAGUGCUGGAGGAAGCCCUCCGAGUCUUCAACCCGAUGUCCAAGGAUCUUUCGGACACAGAGACCCAGCUGGUGGCCUUCAUUCAGAGCCUGAAGGAGGAGGGCUACCGGCCCACAAUUCUGAGGAGUAAGGAUGUGUACGGGUACAGCUCGUGCACGGCAGACACACCGUGUCAGACGAAAGAGAGCACUCCACACAGCUGUGCCAGCGCCGCCGAGUCCACAAAGAAUCUGGCUAGAAGCACCGCAGCUGUGGCAAAGGUGUCUGCUUCGCCCACCGGCAUUUCAGUGAACUCUUCAAAAGUCUCCACUCAGCCCGUCUCCAAAGGGGAUUCCACAAAUCUCCUCUUGAGCUCCUUGAAGCAGACAAGAUCUGGCGCGUCCAAAGCCGCGGCAGUGGGCUUCCCUACAGGCAUGUAUCCCGACGUGUAUCCAGCCAUGAGACUGUCAGUGGUUCUGGAAGCUCUGGUGCCGCUGAAAACGACCGCGUCCUGUUUGGAGUCCAAGUACACACAAGGGCGUCUGGGGAUCUCGCACUCUGACCUUAAACUCCUCAAGGCUUCAAAUCCGCCGAGGCAGUUUCCUUCAGGCAAGACCACUAAAUUAACAGAAGGUAAGGGGUACAAGCGUUUGAUAAAGAAAGCACCCGAUUCUGCCACCCUCGCUUUAAAUCUUCUGAAGGGACCAAAGGGUGGGGUGCUGCAGGAGAGCAAUGCUUGCAAAGCCUCGGGAGUUCUGAACGGGAGAGUCACAGGCAGCUCGUCCCAAGGCUGCACCGCAGCACCGCAGUCCAGGACCUUGAAAAUCAAAGGUAAGGAAGCUCUGGUGGGGAAAACAGAGUGGAAGGACAGCAGCACUUACCGGGAGAGCGUCGGGCAGAAGAAAAGAAGAGCAACAGAGGCAAGAGAAGCACCGAAGAGGAAGAAAGCAAGUCUCAUUCCUGUCCGAAAUAAAUCUCGACAGCCUCAGAGCACUUUGAACCUGCUGAAAUUCCGGACCAUCAAGGUGGGCAACUCUUCCUCUGAUGAUGAAGUGAGGAGGAGAGCACAGAAGAUUCUUAGGGUCAACUUGUCCCCUGUCAUCCGAAUUCAGCCCUUGUCCCACUCUCAGAGUGUCCCCUGACUUUCUUCACUUUGUCACUUUUUUUUUUUUUGUAAGGAAGUUAAUACGAGCCUGGCACCAGAGCGUGGAGAAGUUUGAGUAACUCUGGAUCUCUGGUACCUGGUGACGAUAUGUCAGCUCACCUGCAGACGGAGCAGCCUGCUCUAGCACUUGUUUCUGCCUGUCUACCACUGCUAAGCAGAACUGACUGCAGGAAUACAAAAAUCCUGUUUGGGGAAGCGGGCUGGUGACUCUCGCCCGCGGUGGCCCGGCAGGCCAGGGGGCUCGCUUCCAGCGGGCACUCUUUUGACCGUGGCAGGCUGUGCUCUUGUGCAGGGGGAGAACACGGGACUUGCUCAUGACAUUGACGCACUGUGAUAUUGCUCUUUUUCAAGCUGUACAUUUACUGGUUUUAUUUUGAUCAAAUUUUAUAACUUUAUUAUCUAUAUAUAUAUCCAUAUAUGUGCAUAUGGCCCAGGAACUGUGGGAAGAUGCACUUCCUCCAUCCCUCUGGGAUUGGGUUUGAUAGCUUUUGUUCCCCCUCCCCUUCAGCCAGUCCUUUGUUGAGAGGUGCCAGGAUUUCUUUGUGAUUCAGUGUUGUGACAGUCUGUUCUGAGCUCUCUUGAGCAGCUCAAAGGCAGGCGCGGUUAUAGCCACUUGUUUGUCUCCAGAAAUGCCAAGCAAUUUGGAGAAUUACCAGCUGAUAGUUGACUAUAGUUUUAAUCAUACUUUUGGUAUUACCUCUGCGUAAGAGUGGGGGAGUGUUACGGGGCUGUUGCCUGCAAGUCUGCCUGACGUCUCUAGGUGCCUCCUCCAUCUGUUGGUAGCAGAAGCUCUGAACUCCUGGUAGGGUUUGCCUCCAAAGAGCCAUUCUUCCUCAGCACCCAGUGUUGCUCUGCUCUCCCGUACCCCAGGUGCAGACGUAGAACGUGAACUGUGACUGUUAGAGCCAAAGGGCUGGAAGGUGUUAACAGGAAUUGGGAAAGUGUCCUCCCCACCACUUAACUGCUUUGCUGUUGCUGGAUGUUUCAGGAGCAAGUUCUAGGUGCUGGUAGAGAAGACACAGGUUGUGUUUGAAUGUAUUAGAUACAUCCCCUCCCAGAGCUCAGUGGGAUAUUUGAACCUGAAUUAAAGCAGAAAAGCGAAGGAGUUGAGAGGAUACGUGCCAGUACUUAAGCAUGGAGAGUUUCUUUCUGUCUGUUUGGGGGGGUGAGGCAGUAGGAGAGGAGGUCAGCACCGUGUUGUGAAGUGUGACAGCUUUGCUGGGAUGUUGUGAGAAGGUGUGUGGCAGGUGUGAAAGCGCCCAGAGCGCAGGCUCUGCCGUCCCCAGGAGGCACUGCGGAACCGCUGCAGGCGGCUGCCUCAGACGGGAACACAGACUGCUUGCGUGGGGCUGCUCUCCGCAGGGAAGGAUCCCCCACCUCCAGGAGAAACACCGCGUUGGAGCGGUGGGUGCUGCCACUGUCACCUGGGAGGGACGGUCUCCGAUGAGAUGAUCUGCAUUGGGAUACUGCAAAAGCAGAACCUGGUGGCUCAGGGAGAGGGAGCAGCAUCGGGCCAGGCGCGGGCUCGGCUCCGUACGCUGCCAUACGUUCAGCUGGUAAUCCAUCCACUCGUUCUCUCACCAGCUCAAAAUACCAGUUGUCUGACCUAGUAAUCUCUGUGGACAUUGGCUGCAGGGAUGAGCUCCCCUGGGAAGGCCCAGCUCCUUACGUUUCAGCCCCUCCCUAGCACCUGGCUGGAUUUCAGUGCUUUGUAAAAGGGGUCAGUGUCUGAUCCCCAGCUCAGAGACGAAAAUCGUGGCACGGAGAGAAGAGAGGAGAUGCGUGAGGGAGUGAGAGGGCAGAGAAGCUGGGUGUCCCAAGGCACAGCCAGGAUUCUCUGCCCUCGCCCAGGUAGAGAUUUUCCCUCAGGGGAUGAUUGCAGGCUCUGAAUCACACGCUCAGUGUGUGACACUGAGUGGUUUUCCUGUGUUUGUCUUGAGUUGCUGUCAGAGAAUGUAACUUGCAGUGUUUGAGACUGACCUGUGAAUGCCGCUGGUUGGCUGCAGAGGAGGAGGAGGAAAUAUUUUCUUCUGCCUCUGUAUUUUAAAAUGCCCUGGCAGAGUGUUCCCUGUCCUGACAUGAUGCUGGAUGAACAGGGACCCUCCAUCACUGUUAACCGGCCAAAAAUUGCUUUGUCCCUUUUGUUCCCACUCCUUCAGACCUUUCUCAUUCCCACGCUCUCAAAUGCCAGGUCCUGAAGUCUUGCACUGGAGUUUCUCUUUUUGGCUGUUUCCCGAGGAGGGCUCUGAACUCCUGCCUGCGGUAUCGCUGUCUGACAGGCUGCUCGGCAGCUUCCCCUCUUCCCAGCCCCUUAUAAGGGCACCGAGAGCUGUCUCUGGAGCCUCUUCGUGCGGUGCAGACAUCCCAGCCCAGUGCCUGGCCUCCGGUGGGAAAAACAACCGUGCAUCAACAAGGCUGGUUUCGGGUUGACGUUGCUUUUCCUCCAGCCUGAGCAGGAAGCCGAGCACCUGAGGCCAUCUUUCCAGGCCCCAUCCCUCCUCUUUGCUGUGUUUCUUCCCCCAGCUGCACUGCUGCCUGCCUCCCCUCCCUUCUCCGUCACCUCUUGUCUUUCACAGCCCAGGUCCUUGCCAGUCAAGGACUUGGCUUGUCCUGUUGCUUACCACAUCCAGCAGAACAUACUGCUGUAGCCCUGCCGUGCCUUUCCUGGCAGUGAGCUGAGUUCUGUGAGUGCUUGGUGGCAGCAGCUCCCCCAGUGUCCUUCCCGGGCCACCAGCAAGAGGUCUUGUGCUCCCCAGGGAGAGAUGAGCAUUAGAAAUGCCUCUGUGUCUCUGAGGCUCCUGCCAGGGAAGCGAGCACUCCACAGCUGUGUGCUUGGGGACUUGUUCAUCAUCUGUCAGGCAGCCUCUGUCAGCUCUUCUGCACAUCUCUAACAGGCCUCAGGGCCCCUGAACUACUGGGCAGCGCUGGAGUUCAAUUCUCUGCCCUCCUGAUGUCUCCUGUUCCUCCUUGCAGAUGAUUUGGGAACUUGGCUGGAAGGACUGCAGCUUGUUAUUCACUUUACAGCCCCUGGUGCCAAUGUCAGCAACCUGUCAGCCAGUGCUGGCAGCCGGGGUGCCUGCAGCCUGUGGGUGGUUGGCUCUGCUGUCCUUCAUCUCAUGGCUGGGUGCCGGUGCUCCUGGUGUCCAGGGCCUUCAACACUGAUGUGCAGGAGACUGCAGAAGGGGCUGUGCUGUGAACGUUGCUGUCUGGUGUUUAGGAAAGAUAAAAGGUUUGAUCAAACCAGACCUGCCUAAGACCUGUUCUAACCAGAGACCUCCCUCCAGAGGUCCCUUCCACCCCGUGUUAGUCUGUGACAGCAGAGUGACACCCAGAUUCCAGGGACCUGUGCAGCAGUAACAGGCAGGGCACACAGAAGUGCCUUGCCUGGAGUCCUGUGGUCUCUGCUGAGUGGGCUGUGUGCAGGUUGUUCAGACCUGUUUCUGUAUUCACUUUGAAUUCAUCCAAGUGCCUAACCUGGGCUAUGCUGUUCUGGGCACUGUGACAGCCGAGAGCUUUGGAGACUCUCUUAGGAAUGCUUUUACCGCAUGGAUUUGUGCCACUGUCACUUUGAGAAACGAUUCAGCCAGCGGUCAAAGGGCUGUAUUUCCAACUGAGUUUGUGGAAAUCAUUUCUUCUUUUAUUCAGUUGCCAAGAAGCCAGAGUUUAUGCUUCGCCUCCACCAGACAAGGUCCUUGAGCUUCCUGCAUGCUUCAGAUGUCCGUCAGCAAGGUCCAUGGGGAGAGCAGCUUGUCCGGCAGGCAGCUGAAGGGGAAGCUGACAUCAGAUACCAGUUGAAAUCACAUUGUUAAUUGGCAGAAAUGUUUUGAAGCUCAUGUCUACUCUGAUCGGAUUUCACCUUCUGCCACUGCUUUCAGUUGGAGAAGCUUCUCCUUGGCCUCUACCCUGCAAGCCAUGUAGUGCGGUGCCCCUUCUUCCAAACUGUUUGCCUCUCCCCCGCAGAGCCAGCUGCCAUAGCGAUCCACGUACAGAAUUUUUUAAGCACUUUUCUGCAAAAUAAGAAGGGAUUAUUUUGUUACUUCUGUUCUGUAGCCCACUAGUGGUGUUUCAGCCUGGGGAGGAGGUGUGCUCUGUGGGGCGUUGCGAGCACUCAUGUAGCUGAAUGUUUCUCAGACCAGGGCACCACCCGCCCAGCCCGCAGCGCUGACAGGGACAGGGACGGUGGGCUGAGACCCCUCGCUGCCUGGUGUUUCCUUGCACAGAGUUCAGCCAGUCGCCAGGGAAGUUGGGAGCAGAACGGGACGGGUGGGUGAUGCUGCUCUGUGGCUCUGCUCUGCAGCUGCCCCUCUUCUGCCACGUGUCCACCCUCGCACUUCUCCACUGGUGGAGCUGGUGGAAGUCCCCCGGCUCCAGCUGUGGCAGGAGAGGCUCGGGGACUUUGUGUUUUGGGCUUGAGCACAGAACUUGGGCCCUUUCAGUUGUGACUUGUGCUAUGUUCACGGCCAGACCGUGCCAGCGUGCAGGGGGUGCAGCCACUCCAGCUGCUCUCCCCAUUGGGUCCGGGUUCCUUGCCCUGUUUGGGAGCUGGGCAUUUUGCCACGGCACAAGGGACAUGUGGGGACAGAGAGCAGGUUUGUCUCUCAGCUGCAGCUGGACAGUGUGGCAUGAGCUGGGCAGUUUUCCCAGGCAGGAGGGAAGGGUUUAGGUGAGAGGAUCCUUGUUUUGGCCAUGGUUGGCAGGGUUGGUGCUGAGCUGUGUACAGCACCUGCCCCUCAAGCAGGUUGGUUGGUUUGUGUGUAAGUGACAGUUUCUGUUUCAGUCUUCAGAGUGGUCAGAUCGGGAUGGCUUUCCAGGAGCUGAGGUGGCCUGAGGAGAGGACAGCUAUUACUGAGGCACCCCUCACCUUCUCAACUGUGCCACAGCCCUUGGCUUUGUGAGCUGGGUGGGCUGGCACCAUCCAUGGGGAGGGCAGCAGGGCAGGUUGCUCCCAGGCCCUCAUGUUGGGGUCUGUGUGCUAGAGAGCACCAUGCUUGGCUUUCCUUCUCCUCACAACCCGCUCCUGCCUGGAGGUAGGUGCUGUUAGGAGGGUGCCAGGUGCCUCAUUGGCUGGUGGAGCGUUUUGUCCCAGAAGGCAGGAGAGCCAGCCCCUGUCACUGGAUCAGCCCCGAGUGUCGAGUGACCCCUGUUUGUAGGUGUGACUGUGCUAGCACUCACAGCUUGGCUGGCUGCCGCCCCCAAAGCCAUGGUGCUGAGGCCAGACCCCUCCGUUUGCUUAGGAAGACUGAGGAGGUCUGGUGAAAAAGCAAGAAGCUGGGAUUAGGAGAAACCAAAGACGUCAGCAGCGCCUGGCCGGCCAGCUUCUGCUUCUGAGACCUGCAAAGAGAGGAGCCAGGUCUGUGGCGUCCCGUAGCACUGUCUCCAUUGUCCCUGCCCAGCCCACGGAGCCUGCUCUGCCCAAUCUGGCAGCACUGCACAGGCACUGGUGCUACAGGCUCCGGGGACUGGUGAGAGGGUGCCCUUUUGGAGCAGGUGCCCCUCCUAACCCUUGGUUUCCAUCCUUCAUCAGUCGCACACCCUAGCCCUGCUCCGGUGGCCAUGGGGAAAGUAAGCUGCUCCCUGGCUUGCAGAGCCCCCCAGCCCUGUGUGUGCUGACUUUUACCCCCUGGAGACCCUCGCAGGAAGGGUAGCAGUUCCUCUGGUGAGCAUCCAAAAUACCUUCCCCGACAGGGACAAUUAGGCCUUGUCCCUGAGAGUCCCUUAAAGGCCUUAUUAUCGUCUGGGACUCUCCUUGUUGUCUUAAUUAGCCCUUUCCGUUCCUGUUGCUCCAGGCAGCCCCUGUGAGAGUCUGGUGAUUCCCACAGACGCAGUCAGGCACACGGUGCUGUUGUCAAAGAGGUGCUGCAAAGCUACUCCCAGAAAUACCUCCCCUCCUUCCCCUGCUCUGUCACUCUGCCCUAGCUUGGGAGGGGACAAAACAAGUGUCGGUGGGGGAGGCUCGGUGUGUGACGCCGUUCCUUCCUCCUGCUUCCCUCUGCAGCGCUCCUGAGGAGUAGCAUUUCCCAAGUAGAGACUCAGAGGGACUUUGGGUGGGCACUGCCCGGCCCCUCGAGCUUGUCUCUGCCAACCGUUGUCUCUAAGAGAGCCACCGACCUGCUCCGGCUGGGACCGGUGCCACCGGUUCAGCCACGGGCAUCCCGGUGUUGGGGGAUCCCAAACCACGGCCGGGGAGCAGCAGCUGCAGCCCGCGGGAGGGCGAGUAACAAACUUUUGUAUGGUGAAUUUACAACAACUGACCAUCUUGUUCUUGAGUGAACUUUUUACUGUUUCAUUUGUUUGUGUAGAAUGUUUCCGAAGCUAUAUUAAUAUUUAAUGUUUAAUACGAGGCUGGGCUGCUCCACACUCAGUGUUGUAUAUUUUGGAAUGGCAUUGUUUAGUGAAAAGACAGUGUUACUGUUAUUCCGCUCUUCAGAGGGAAUGGGACAAAAAACCAGGCUGUCUUUUUUCUUAAAAUGAAGUGAACUUUUUGUUAUGAAGUCCUAGCAGGUGUCCAGCCCUUCAGUAAAAUGGUGCUCAGAACCA